CUUCUUGAUAUCAUUUGUCUAGCCUAUACGUUCGGUUUGCCUCCUUUCUGGCGCGUACCUUCCCCAACAUCGACGAGUCCUUCCCUCCCCGAUCCAGUCAAAGGCAAGCUCGAGUUCCCUCAACACAUACCUACCAGUAAUGUAAACUGACGGAAGGAGCUGAGCUCCUGACCACACCAAGUCUCGUGCUGCACACUUCCGGGUCGCAAUUUGGCCAACCAGCAUCGAAAUCCCAACAUCAUCGAUUGUAAUGAACGCAGUGCUACUCUACUUGCACCGACUAAACAUCCUCCAUCAAUUUUCUCCACCAGCAUCGAGUACUAGUAGCUGGGUUACACAGCAUCAUGGAGGCGGACAACGGGAGUCCCGACAAUGGGAGUGCCGAUAAUGUGAGUGCCGACAUCGGGAAUGCCGACAGCGGGAUUGCUGUCAACUGGGAGUCCUCCAGUUGGGAUGCCGACAGCUGGGAUACCGCCGUCAACGGGGUUCCCGUCCACGGGAAUAUCCUCAACGCCCAACCAAGCCAACCGGGCGCAAUUGGGCCUUAUGGCUACCCGCUGCGUUUCGCGGUGCGGGAACUACGCGCGCUUUUUGCCAGCGGCCUGAAGAUCUUCGCCGACAACGACCUUGCGCAACCCCUCCGCUACAUCGGCGAAUACGAAGGCGGGCGCCGCCGAAUCCUGCACACCAGCGCGCACAAAUCGGACAACAGCUCGCCGCUGGUCUCCAUCCGCGAGAACUGGCCGGCCGGAUCCCCCCCACCGCUCCGCCACGUCGAGACCUUCACCAUCACGGUGUACAACCGCCUCGGCGUGCCUCCGUCGAUCUACGGCAUGGACCACAUCCGCUGCCGGCCGACCACGUACGAGUUCUCACUACCCUUUCAGGACCCUGUUACCGGCGCCCUGUCCGUGAGGACCUUCCAGUGGCGCCGCGCACCCGUAUGCCACGAGACGCGCGGCAUCAUCCCGCAGGGAAAACGGCCCGGGCCGCACACAGGCCAACCUCGCCCGCCCGAAGACACGUCCGACUGGGAUCGCAGGCGCGGGUUCGUCCUCGUUUAGGUGAACGGUCCGAAUCGGUUCCCGUUGCCCCUGGGGAGCACCCCGCCGCGGCUGGGGUACACGAGGAUUGGCGAGGAGAUCGUGGCGUCGUGGGCUGCGCCGUUUGAGCGGACGACGACUCGGAUGGCGUCGCUUCUGCCCGGGGCAAUGCCGCUGUUCUACUUCCAGUUCUGGGGGUCGGGUGUGGGCCAGCAGCUCGGGGAGGACUUUACGCAUAUUGCUGUGAUAACGGCGCUGGCCACGUAUUUCGAUGUCUGUGUGGAGAGCAAGAGGAAGGAUGCCCUGUGGUUGUAUUGAAGGAUGCGCUGUUGGGCGUGAGAUGCGGGUGUGUCUGAGGGCUUAUUCUUCCAAGUUAGUUAUGGGUGAAACAUCGGUUGAAAAAAAGGAUUAUGAGCAUGCGGGAAUGAGCGUUGUUUAGGAGUAAUAAGUAGUUUUAAU